AUGACUGAGAAAAAGAAACAGGAAUGUAUAAAUGGAAAUGCUUCCUUAACUAGUCCUAAGCCAGCUUCUGUUGCAGAAGUAUCAUCGCUUCAGCCGUCGAUUAAAUUGCGUUUGUCGACCAACACAACUUCAAACACUAAUAUUUUUACAACUCAAGUCGAAGAAAGCAAAGCGUUGAGUUACAUGGUGACGUCACCCGGCGGUAGAGGUAUCCUGUCGUCUCGACCCUUUGAUAAGCUGUCAGAUUCAACUCCACUGACAACUCCGACAAAGGAUUUGCAUUUAACUCAAACAUCGUCUAAAAACAUUUACAGCGCAACAAUGGAUGGUGGCUUCCCAACUACGUUGCUAUCAUCUCAGACAAAGGUACAAGCAACACUAGAUACAACACAGAAAGCGGUUGAAGCAGCCCUGCCUUGGACUCGACAAACCUCAUCAUACGUCAGUAUAAUGCACAGCCAGUCGAAAACAGAUCUAACUACAUCUUCUGUGAGCGUUGAACAAAAGACAUAUCAAAUUCUCCUGCAUCUGACCAGUAGAAAGUCGGAUACAAUAUCUCCGAGCCAGUAUACUUCCAAGGACCCAUACACGUUUUCUUCACAGCGAGUCAAAUACAAUUCCACGCUCCUCUCAACUACGACCGUAAAAAUUACCUCAUCUCAAUUUUUCUCUGACACCAAAGGUUCAGGGUACUUCAACUCUGCAGAGAGCCUUCAAACAAAAGAAACCCAACAUAACUUACUUGAAACAACAACUUUAUCUUUCCAAGCCACAGGUGUUGCAGUAUCUCACCAUGGCCAAACUCCCUUCACAGGUGUCACUGUGUACCGAAUAGUUCCAUGUAAUGAAUCAUCCACUAAAAUCUCUGCCCUUUUUACUGGUAACCAGGCCUCAAGAUCGAGUUAUUCGUACAAUAAAAGUAGCGUGUAUCUAUUAUAUCAAUCAACUAAAAACGAGGCCAUCUCCUCGAUGCCAAAUACUUCAUCAGAUGUAAAGUUGACCAAAACAUCGGGAAAAGGUGUCACAGCGUGUCCAAGUAUCACAACUCUCUUAUCCACAUCUGUACAUGUGAGCCCGAAAGGAAUCUCCGCGAAUCUGAUAACUUCUCCUGACAAGAUUACCAUCACUACCUGCAUUUCUCAAAAUUUUCAUGCUACAGAGGUGACAUCAUAUUUUGUUCAGAGUGGUACAGGAUCAGCUUCAUUUUUAGUUCAACCAAGUACGUCAGCGAAAAAGGUAACCACUCUACAACCUUCGACAGCUCUUCUGAAUGUUAAAGCCUCGACUCCUCAACCAUUGAGCAAUACUGUAGGAAGGACAUCCUCCUUUUCCUCCACUGCUGUCAAGAAAUCUCCUCCUGUUAACAGUGAACACUCUAAACAAGUCACAACCACCCACAGGUACCAUAAGACACCAAUCACAACACGUCCUGGAAUGUCGUCAUCCGUUGAAACCUCCGGAAAAAGGCUCGAUACUCUAAACACUGGCAGUGUGACCGAGAAAAGCCUAAGUACUAUAAACACUGGCAGUAUCACCGAGAAAAGCCCUUAUACUAUAAACACUGGCAGUGUAACCGAAGAAAGCCUUAGUACUAUAAACACUGGCAGUGUCACCGAAAAAAACUUUAAUACUAUAAACACUAGCAGUGUCACCGAAAAAAGCCUAAGUACUAUAAACACCGGCAAUGUCACCGAAGAAAGCCUCAAUACUGCAAAAACUGAAAGUCAGAGCACACAGCAAGUUGGUAUCUCGGGAUCUGCCUCGCCUAACAUAAUCUCGACCAAUACUUUAGAGUUUACCUCAAACACUUCUCAUCAAUCUAGUACUAUUUCAUUCCCGAAAGCCACAUCAAUAUCACCGAGUAAGAUGCUCACCACAACAUCAUUGGUUGCUCACAGCUUUCCACAGUCUCGUACGUUGAAACCAAUAACCUCCACUUCUUUCCUCUUCAAAAGUUCGCGUAAAUUGUCUAAAUCAGCCACAGAAACAUCGUCAAAAUAUGUUUCAGUGACUGAAAGCAACACAACGAUUCUUCCUCGUUAUCUCACAACAGCUGCGUCUAUUUCAACAACAGAUAAAACAUUAACUUCGACUAAAAGACCAUCAUUGGGAAGCAAAACCACGCAGAUUAAGAAGUCCAAGAUUUCUACUUUGAAUUCAACAAAUAUCGGUGAAGCUUCAGUGUUACAUACGUCUUCUGCUCAGUAUCUGAUAAAUGAAUCACGUGAAUCACCAGAAGCGACAUUUAGCAAAGCCACUGUACUCUCCUUACAACAGUCAUCAUCUCCAAGCACUGAUGGGCAAAUUAUGUCCAAUAACACAUCACAUGCUGGUUAUUCAAGCAUCCUUACUUCAAUCGUAACCUCAAUCCGUAAAUUGCCCUCAACGCCAAUUCAAUCAACACAAACUUUGACUCGUUAUUUACAAUUCUCUACACAAGCGAUGACAACGAGGCUUGUUACAAUCCCAACCGCCACGCCUCUGGGUACACCACAGCUAACGACCACUGAAAAAUACUCCUCAAAACAAAGCAGUAAAAGCAUAUCAACUGUGCAACAAAAGAGGGCAUCGACUCGUCAAAACGUGCCACUUACUAAAACUUCGGUAUAUCCCUCUCCCUCCUCCAUGCUCGUGUCUGCAUUUAACAGGAGUACAUUGAUCCAAAAACCGUCAAUGAGCCACCGACCGUCAUCAUCAUUAUUUCUGCCAAAAGAUAGUAGAACUCAAACCGUUGGGAUUACAAGCCAGAUAACAGCUGUUGAUAAGAUCACAUCAUCAUCGUAUUUGGCCUCGACUAGUAUCUCAAAAGUUUCACAAAAGCAAAGUGUGCCUUUGUCUGCCACGUACAGUUCUAAACAUGGGGGUUCUGCAUCGUUCAUACACGAACCCUCGAAGAGGACUAGUCCGGCGUUGACGUCAGUAACUACUUUAAAGCUUGAAUUAUCAGAAAUGAAUUCUGAGGUUUCUCGAUUUUCUGCAACGAGUCUCCACCCCAUUGAAUCCACUAAAUCGCUUGAAUCAGUAAUUUCAUUGAUAUUUCCUGGUCACUCAAGUUUGACAUUCUCUCCUAAAACGACCGUGCUUACGUUAGAAAACACCCGGACUCAAGCUUCUUCAGAACCUCAAACAGCUCUAAAAGUUACCACAAAGAGUUCACAAAUCUUUAUUAAUACAACAACAGUUGGAGCUGCAACACCUGUAUUAGUGACUUCAUCCAGUGCCUCGACACAAACGAAACCACCGCCCGAGAUUCCAAGUCAGUUCGAAGGUCGGAUGAUUCUAGGAAUGCCAUGGCAACCACACUACGAGUAUCCACCGGGAUCCCAAACACUUAAAACUACAAUAAAAGAUAAACUGACCAACGCGCUGAAAGAUCUUGAAGGUUUUAUUUCAGUUCAAGUUCUGCGUUUGUGGGAGAGCAGCGUUGGCGUCGAUUUUAUUGUGUAUGUAAAUAAGCAAGUCACGGUGAACGAAAGUCUCAUAGAAAGAACACUCGUUAAGGCAAAUAGUAUAGGUGUUUUAGACCUGCCUUUGAAAAGCCUCCAAGUGAAAGAAAAGGACGCUCCAACCACACAGAACUUACCCACAACCAGCCCUACAACACAGGAAAAGUCCAUCGAGCGAUGGGUCAUCAUAAUCAUCAUUGCCAGCAUUGUGGUAUUCUUCCUGUUGAUUAUCAUAUGCAUAUUAGUGGCUAAAAUUAGUAAACAACGAGGUGGUGUGCGUAGAAGUGGAAAAUACGAGCUUUCAAGCUUCACCAACUUCUUGCACUCUGAACAAACAGAGUCAGAGACAAAACCUGUGGUAUUGAAGAUGCAAGAACGAACAGCAAGCGAAGCUGUACAACAACAAUCAAUUAAAACUAAACAAAUCUCUGGAGACCCAGAGGCAUUGCAGUCCUUCGCUAAUGGAAGUAAUGAUGGUGGCAGUAAAGUAACAGGAAACUCACGUGCGAAGGAAAACCAAGGCUUUACCUCGACCGACUUAGGUGGUGUUGAUCAAAAUUAG